AUGUACCAAAUCAUUGUUAUGCUCUCAGUAAUUAUAUCAGUAAAAACGUCUGACAUCUCCGAGCUUCAAAUGAAAACAGUAAAGCAUGGAGACAAUAUUACCAUAAAGUGUGACCUCAACAUGGCUGAAGAAAACAAAAAUAAUCAUUUAGCCUGGUACAAGCAGAAUUUUGGAAAGCUGCCAGAGAAUAUUGUGAGAUCAUUUGGGGACACUAAAAAGUACAGAUUUGAUCCGGCAUUUAACAGUGGCCGCUUCAGUAUUAAUGUGGAUGGUGUUUUUGAUCUCAGCAUUAAUGAAAUUAAAGAAGAUGAUGUAGGAACAUAUUUGUGUGGAAAAAUAAGCACAAGUAUUAUAGAGUUUGUAUCUGGGGCCCUUUUGAUGUUUGAAGCUGAGAAGAAUGUCCGCAAUGCUCUGACUAAAAUGCUUAUCAAGAGGGGAGAAUCUAUCAUGCUGCAGUGUUCAGUACAAGCUGAUACUUCAAGCUGUAUAGGAAACUACAGUGUCUACUGGUUCAAACAUGGCUCAGGAGAAUCUGAUCCAGGAAUCAUUUACACACAUGUAGACAGCAGUGAUCAAUGUGAGAAGAGAUCUGAGGCUAGCUAUUCUACACAGAGUUGUGUGUACAAGCUCCCCAAGAUGAACCUCAGCCUCACUGAUACUGGAACUUACUACUGUGCUAUUGCUGCAUGUGGAAAGUUAAUCUUUGGGAAUGGAACUGCAGAUGAAGGUGCAUCUGAAGGUGUGACCUUUAAUAAUACUGGAGGCACAUUGGGAAGAAUGAAACUUCAUUGA